AUGACUGUUGAAGGGACAUUUCUGGGCCAAGUGGUUAAGACUUUUGGUCCAUCUACCAAGCUUUCCGACGAUGAGUACGACAAAUUGCAUACUUUAACACAAAUUUUCAAUCUUGAUGUUGAGGAACUUUACUUGGAAUGGGAGUCAUUCAAUGUAGCAGAAGUCCAAGAUGAUUUAGAGCUCAAUAUGUCGAAUUUGAUCAAAUUUCAUGAAUUUUUGCAAAAAAAGCUUUCUAAUAGUAGGUUUACCCCGAAUUUGAAGAAAACAAUUAAGGAGGUAGGUUCAAGUGUAAGAAAACCACUCGUUACGAAAAAUUUAAAUAGUGGCAGCUAUGAUAGUAGUCCCGGUACUCCUCAGUUGAAGAGAAGAAAAAUGGACUAUAAUAGCGACAACAAGGCGUCAUCUCCUAUUAAAGAGCACGAAACCUCCACCACCAACAACAGCAACAGCAAUAUUCUCAACUCUUCUCCGAUAAAGCAGCCAAGAGAAUCACAUAGACUCUUAGAGACAUUAAACCCGCAUAUAGAAGAAAUGGAUGGUUUUGGCAAAAAAGUUGAACACAACCCGAUACGAAUAACAGCAAAUUUUGACCCUGCAAAAUACAAAUUUCGUACAAUGCAGAUGAAGUUGCUUGAAAGUGCAGAUGUGCUUGAUGACCAAAUCGAUACUAUGGCCGAUUUAUACCAGAAACACAACCAAUCGUUGGAUCUACAGUUUGGAAAUCCAUGUGUUAGCUCACAGUUUGAUAUACUCUGCUGUGGGAGAAUUGUUCCUGAUUCGCCAAGCUACGACAAAGAAACUUUGAACAGCUCUUCACUUUUUUUAGAAACUUCAAGAUUAUCGGGAAUUGGCCAAAGAGUUGGCUUGGAUUUUAGUGCAUUGAGCGGGUAUUCCUUCUUUCCUGGACAGAUUGUUGUUUUGAGAGGUAAGAAUCCAACAGGUAAAAUUUUCCAUGUAGAAGAAGUGAUGGAGUUACCGCAAUUGGGAACUCCCGUUUCUACCAAAGACGAAUUGGCCGAAGUUGAAGAUUUUCAAAAUAACUCUGGAAUGAAGAUUUUAGUGGCAUCUGGCCCAUACUCCAAUCAGAACAAUCUAGACUUUUCCAAACUAGAGAACUUGGUAGAAAAGAUAAAUACCGAUAUUCGACCAAAUGUGAUUAUUUUGAAUGGUCCUUUCAUCGAUCUAACAAAUAAAGUAGUAGAAGAUGGUGACUUUAGCUUUGGCAAAGAUCAGCAUCAUUAUCAACAGCAGCAGCCAAGAAAUUUAGACGAGGUUUUCACACAACUAAUCACACCCAUAUUAAAGAAAAUAGAUUCCAAAAUGCAAAUAAUUUUAAUACCAUCCUUAAAGGAUAGUUGUGUUAGUCAUUGUUCAUAUCCACAAGGGCCCUUUGACCGAAGGAAAUUUCAAAUUCCCAAAAAUGUAAAAACUUUUCCAAACCCAUCUAGUUUUGCACUAAACGAGAUAUUGAUAGGUUCAUCAAAUCUCGAUGUGUUUAAGGAUUUAAAAGACGUUUACAAAUGCAAUGAUGACACUAUAUCCAAUAACAGAUUUGAAAGGAUAAUACAACAUGUAUUUGAUCAAAGACGAUAUUAUCCAGUGGUCCCUGGUUCCGUUGCUAAUACCAAGCCCGACAACGAUGCAGAGUUAAGAGGCGGAGCAUCUGGCGAGUUUUUAUCAGAAGUAACAACAGGUGGAUCCUCUUUGGAGAUGCCUUACUUGGGAUUGACAGAAUUGGGAGAUUCGUUACCUGAUAUUAUUAUACUACCAUCAGAAUUGAAAGUAUUUGCAAAAGUAGUCAAGGGUGUUGUGGUUGUGAACCCCGGCCAGUUUAUAAGACCAAGCAGAUCUGUUGAUUUUGAUGAUGGGAAUUACAUUGUAUUAAGUAUCCUUCCUCCAAAUUUGAAUUCAGAGACUAGUACAUCUAUACUAGUAAACCGUUACCAUGCGACUACAAGUACAACUUGUAUGGGGACAAUGGCCCCCCUUACUCAAGAACAGCAAAAUGCAAGUCUCAUAGCCGACCCCCAUUUGCCAGAAAACCAGCAAUUGGAAAGUUUAUUUGAUGUGAAACCAAGGUUUGAAUUACGAGACUACCAGCAAAAUGCCGUUGAUAAGGUUUUAUCGGCCUUGGAAAGGGGAGUUCGAAAACCAGCGGUAGUUGUGGCAACGGGUGGUGGGAAAACCGUCAUAUUUGCAAACUUGAUCAAGCACCUCAAACCAAUGGAUUGUGGAUCGGGAUAUAAGGUUCUUGUGUUGGUGCACACGCGUGAAUUGGUAGAGCAAGCAGUAUUGAAAAUCAGGGCAAUGAAUCCCGGAUAUCAAGUAGGUUGCGAGUUGAGCCCGCUUCAGUCACAAGAAACUGAUAAUGUCGUGGUUGCAUCUGUACAGACAUUGCGUAUGACCAAGCGGCUAAUGAGGUUCAAUCCUUUGGAGUUUAAGAGCAUUAUAAUUGAUGAAUGUCACCAUGCACCCGCGUCAUCGUAUUUAAGGAUAUUGGACCACUUUGGCGCUCGCAAAGAAGAGCUGCAUAUAAGCGUGAUAGGCUUUACUGCGACUUUGGCGAGACUUGACAAACGGGCAUUGGGCCAUGUUUUUGAUGAGAUUGUGUAUGAGAGGUCUUUGGUGGACAUGAUACAAGCGAGAGAGCUAGCACACCCCAAGAUCCAUAGAGCCAAAGUUGAAGAAAUGAAUUUGCAAAGUGUUGCCAAAGUGAGAAAAGAUUAUGAUUUGAGAGAAUUGUAUCAGAGAAUGGGAGAGAUUGACUUCAACGAGACAAUAGUGCUAUCCUAUAUGCGCUUAAAAGAAAAUACACAGUGUCGAAGUACAUUGAUAUUUUGCGUCAAUAUCGAGCAUUGCAUUGACUUGUGCUCUAAAUUUCAUUUGCAAGGAAUAGAUGCACAGUACGUUACGGGAAACACAGCCAAAUUUGAGAGAGCUGCAUUAAUUGAAGACUUCAAAAUGGGCAAGAUCCCCAUAUUGUGCAACGUUGCGGUAUUUACAGAGGGAACCGAUAUACCAAACAUUGACUCGAUAAUCUUGGCCAGACCAACCUUGUCGAGAACGCUUCUGACUCAAAUGAUUGGGAGAGGUUUGAGGUUGCACGAGGGCAAAACAUGCUGUCAUAUUGUGGACUUGGUGGGUAACACACUUGAGGGAAUUGAUGUUGAAGCAACCUUGGAGGGAGAAAAAAUUUCCUUUAAAAAGAAAGAAAACCUCAAGGAAGAAGAGGAAGUGGAGAUGAUGAUUGAGGAAGAAAAUGAAGGAGGAGGUAUAUUGAAUGAUGCACAUCUAUCGGCCAAGAGUCGAACGCAAGCCAUUGCCAGGAUCUUGCAACUUCAUAAUCGAAAAGUAUUGAGACUCGAAGAAGAAGACGUAUUUUCGAUACCUGACAGAGUGUUUAGAGAUACCGAAUUAGUCAAUCAAGUAAUGUUUAAAAACCGUUUACCGUGGAUAGCAAUAUCGAACGGUUACACUUGGGGCUUAUUUGGGAAAGACGAUACUUAUUUCCUUUUAAAGAGAUUCGCAAGUACCAAUGUGUUCAAAUUAUAUCAGUGCAGUCAUGAUGAUAAUUCAUGUAAACUUCUUUAUGAAGGAAGGAACUUGUUGGAGGUUUUGCGCAAGUUGGAAAAGGACUUUAAAGAGCACACUGUGUAUGCGGAAAAAUGCAACAAUUUUGCAAGAAAGGCCUCUCCAAGACAAGCAGUGUGGCUUUUGUCAAGAAUGAAACCAAGAAUAGAGAAUUACUUCAAAUUUAAGAAACCCAAGAUGUCCUUUCCAGAGGUUCAUAAAUAUUUUAUUGAAGUGUUACUGAAAGAGCGACAAGCAAUGGUUUAUUCCAAGAUGAGGUUAUUAUCCAUACUUACGCCGUUUCUUGUAUCGGGGUUGGUUAUAGCCGAGACUAUUACUGAAGUUGCAAAUGAAGAGGUACCGAAAAGUUUUGGUAAUCAGUCAAAUCAUACCAAUAAUUGGGCGGUCUUGGUCUCGACAUCAAGAUUUUGGUUCAACUAUCGUCAUAUGGCCAAUGCGCUUAGUUUCUAUCGUACCGUAAAGAGGUUAGGUAUACCGGAUUCUCAAAUAAUCUUGAUGCAAGCCGAUGAUAUUGCAUGUAAUUCGAGGAACGCGUUCCCCGGAACCGUUUUCAAUAAUAUGGAUCAAGCAUUAGAUCUCUAUGGUGACAGUGUUGAGGUGGACUACAGGGGCUACGAAGUUACAGUUGAGAAUUUUAUAAGAUUGCUAACUGAUAGGUGGGGUCCCGAACAGCCGCGCUCGAAGCGAUUGUUGACGGACGAAAACUCAAAUAUACUAAUCUAUUUGACUGGGCACGGGGGCAAUGAAUUUUUGAAGUUUCAAGAUGCCGAGGAGAUUAGCGCUUAUGAUAUUGCCGAUGCCUUUGAGCAGAUGCACGAGAAGAAGAGAUAUAAUGAGAUCUUUUUUAUGAUUGAUACAUGCCAGGCCAAUACGAUGUACGAGAAGAUUUACUCUCCCAAUAUAUUGUGCGUGGGGUCAUCGCGAAUAGAUGAAAGUUCGUAUAGUCACCAUUCAGAUAUGGAUAUUGGUGUUGCUGUAAUUGACCGGUUUACUUACUAUGCAUUGGAUUUUCUUGAGAAAAUUGACCGCAAUUCCAAAAUUACAAUGGAUAAGUUGUUUGAGGUUUUCACUUUUGAAAAUGUACACUCGAACCCUGGAAUACGAACAGAUUUGUUUGAAAGAGAUGUACAUGACGUUCUUUUGACAGACUUUUUUGGUAACGUUCAAAACGUUUUAGUAGAGGAAAACUCAGCCGAUAUCCUUUCGACUAUAAAAAAUUUGAGUAACCGCAGAAAACUGCAAGCAGAUAGUUAA